AUGACUGAAAAACAUGUCUUCCCUGAGGGCGAGCACAUCGAAGCCUUGAAACCGAAACAAGGCAUUACCGAAAGCGACGAGAUUGAACAGACCGAUAGUGGCGCGUAUGUCUGUCACGUGGCUUUAACUGCCUACAUUGGUGGCAUGCUGUUCGGCUAUGAUACUGGGAUUAUUUCAGCCGUCCUCGCGAUUACAUCUCUCUGUUCAGCAGGGCCCUUCCUGGGCGCUAUUAUUGCCGACCUAACUGCUGACAAAUAUGGUCGCAAAGGGCCUAUGUAUGUGGGAUUCGCUUUCUUUACCGUCGGGGCCAUUAUUCAGGCCUCGGGAUAUUCUGUACCGUUGAUUGUUGGCCUUGGGGUCGGGUCAGCAGCAAUGAUUGUGCCUGCAUACAUUGCCGAGAUCGCUCCGAUGAAAUAUCGCGGCCGUAUGGUAGGACUGAACAAUGUCAGUAUUACCGGAGGCCAAGCGAUCAGCUAUGCCAUAGGUGCUGCUUUCGCUUCUGUCCCUCACGGCUGGCGUUAUAUGGUCGGCCUGGGUGGUGUAUCCUCCAUUCUUUUAGCUAUCCUCCUCCCUCUAUGCCCAGAAUCACCCCGUCAACUUAUCUCCUAUGGCAAAGUCGAGGAAGCCGCAAAUGUCCUCCACAGGAUCUUCAGCAAUGCAUCUGAAGAGCAGGUAUCUGCCAAGAUCCAACUGAUUAUCGAAACUGUCCAAGAGGCUCAGCUAUCAACCCAGGGGCGCAGCCGGUGGGAUAUAGUCAAGGAACUAAACAGGAAUCCUGCGCACUUUCGUGCCCUGGUGUGUGCUUGUAGAUUGAUCGGCUUCUCCAACCCGGUAGCCGUAAAUCUAGUCGUAUCCGGCACAAACAUGGUCAGCGCCUGCAUAAACAUGCCCCCAGUCGACCCCGUCGGCCGCCGCUGCCUCCUCGUCUCCACAGCCUGGGGCAUGGCAGCCGGCCUCCUAGCAGUCGCCAUCUCCUUCGUCUACAUCCCUGUGAGCCUCGACACCCUAGAAGUACAAGACAACACCAUCACCCCAACAGCAAUAGUCGUCCUAGUCUUCAUCAUCUGGUUCGUCGCCUUCUACGGUGUCUCCUUUGGAAACACGGCGUGGAUGAGCGCGGACUUUUUCUCGACGGAGGUUCGUGCCAUCGGGACUAUGUUUAUGACUUGUUGUUGUUGGGGGUCGGAUCUUAUUGCUUCGUCGGCUUUCUUGUCGAUGAUGAAGGGGAUUACGCCGUCCGGGGCGUUUGGGUUUUAUGCGUGUCUGUGCUUUAUUGGGUGGAUUUUGAUUAUUUUCUUUCAUCCGGAGAUGUCGGGGUUGACGCUGGAGGAGUCGCAGGAGGUCUUUCAGCAUGGGUUUGGGGUUAGAUAUGCUAGGCAGUUGAGGAAGGAGAGGAGACGGGGUGGUGAGUGA